CUCUGUGCAGUGCAUUUCCUUUACUGCACGGCACUGACAUGACUGAACCCAGCAGCACAGCCUCUACAUGUGCAACUCGGUGGAAAAUGUGGCUGUACAAGGUUUUAAGUGUCAUAUGUUUCACUGCUAUUUGUGCAGCUCUGGAUCCUGAGGAUGUCACCUCCUCCUUUCUCAGAGAAGUUGAUACGACCAUUCCAAUGGAGACCACAACUCCCUACGAGCCUCCUGUACCGACUGUGGAGCGUCUGUCAUCCUGGUUGGACGUGUUCCCUUCUGAGAAAGUGGAGCUUGGUUGUAAUGUCGAUGGCAGCUCUGACUGGACCUUCACCUGGUACAGAAAUGCAGAGAAACUACAAGAUAUAGAUCCAAAUGUGUCUGCAUCGGGAUCAAAUCUCACGAUCACUGCAACCACAACAACAUAUUCUGGAAGUUAUUCCUGUAAAGGUCAUCACAAAACAAGGCCAGAUGUUACCACGGAAACUAGUGCACCAGUCCAACUCACAGUUUAUCCAAACCCCCCCAAACCCACUUUGACCCGGAGUUCAACGUUUAACACGAUGUUCCCCGGAGAGUCUGUCACCUUCACAUGCAAGGUUGAUGCGUCCUCUGGGUGGAGAUAUCUUUGGUACCAUAAUAACACAGAAAUCCAAACUUCUGAUCCUAAUUUUCGAGUUGACAUAAAUCAUUCUAAAAGUGGACAGUACCACUGCAAAGCCAAAAGAGGCGAAAGCCCAUUCUUCACAGAAGUGAGUGAAGCAACAACUCUACAGGUCUCUGAGCCUCCUGUACCGACUGUGGAGCGUCUGUCAUCCUGGUUGGACGUGUUCCCUUCUGAGAAAGUGGAGCUUGGUUGUAAUGUCGAUGGCAGCUCUGACUGGACCUUCACCUGGUACAGAAAUGCAGAGAAACUACAAGAUAUAGAUCCAAAUGUGUCUGCAUCGGGAUCAAAGCUCACGAUCACUGCAACCACAACAACAUAUUCUGGAAGUUAUUCCUGUAAAGGUCAUCACAAAACAAGGCCAGAUGUUACCACGGAAACUAGUGCACCAGUCCAACUCACAGUUCAUCCAAACCCCCCCAAACCCACUUUGACCCGGAGUUCAACGUUUAACACGAUGUUCCCCGGAGAGUCUGUCACCUUCACAUGCAAGGUUGAUGCGUCCUCUGGGUGGAGAUAUCUUUGGUACCAUAAUAACACAGAAAUCCAAACUUCUGAUCCUAAUUUUCGAGUUGACAUAAAUCAUUCUAAAAGUGGACAGUACCACUGCAAAGCCAAAAGAGGCGAAAGCCCAUUCUUCACAGAAGUGAGUGAAGCAACAACUCUACAGGUCUCUGACCCACCCAAACCGUUUCUAAAGCUGCUGAGUCCCUGGAUGGAUGUGUUUGAAAAUGAGACGGUGGAGUUUAGCUGUGAAGUGGAAAGCGAUGACUGGAUGAUCACCUGGUACAGAAAUGAAAAGGAGGUUCCGUCUAUGGAUUAUCCAAACGUGGAAACAAUGGACUCCUCUCUCAACAUCACCUCGGUCACUCAAGCCUAUCAAGGACUCUACUCUUGCAAUGCUGAACUUUAUCUCAGGAAAGUCAUCUCUGAAUUCAGCAACACGGCUGAUCUGAGAGUUUAUGGAAACACACCAAAACCAACCGCGAGCAAGGGUCCUACUCUUAACCCGAUGUAUGUUGGAGAAACAGUGAACUUCACCUGCAAAGUUAUUGUGUCCUCUGGCUGGGAGUAUCAAUGGUACGGAAAUGGAGUCAAAACCACUACCGGGGAAACCAUCAGCAUCCCUCUCAGUCUUUCUAACCAGGGGAAAUACUGGUGCAUGGCCUACAGAGGUGAUACAACCCAAACAGAGUUCAGUGACAAAAUACAACAAGAUGUACUUGAAAUCCCUGUUCCAUCUUUGAAGCUAAUCACACCGUGGCUGGAUGUGUUCCCCACGGAGAGUGUGAAGUUGAGCUGUGGGAUGAAUGACAACUCUGACUGGAUUUACAAGUGGUCCAAAGAUGGAUAUGAGGUUCAAGCUGACACGUUUGCAUCUUUUGACUCGAAAGGAGCAACCCUUUCCAUCAGCUCGGCUUCAGCUGCACACACGGGACAUUAUACCUGCGAGGGACAGCUGGGCCAAAGGUCUGUCAGCAGCCGCUUUAGUUCUACACUUAAUCUCACAGUAUAUGAUGAGAAACCCACAGUCCUACUGCAGCAGGAUCCAGAGUACAACGUGAUGUUCCCCGGAGAGUCAGUCUCCUUUAGCUGUCACAUUAAUGUCUCCACUGGAUGGCAGUACCUGUUUUACCAAGAUAGGAAACCCCUUAAUGCAUCUGGAAACAAGUAUCCAAUCAGCUCUGUUGACAUAACACAUUUGGGAUCCUAUAAAUGUGAAGCAAAGAGGGGCAGUGGCCAAAACUAUUUCACCAUCUUCAGUGAGGCUAUUGGCCUUGAAGUUGAAGAGAACAAGCCUAAGCCAUCGAUGACUCAACAGCCAGAUGUUGACAAGGUGUACACUGGAGAAUCUGUGUCCUUCGAAUGUACAGUUGAAGCCUCGUCUGGCUGGGUGUAUCACUGGCUCAAAGAUGGAACACCACUCCCAAUCAACAACCGUACUUUCAGCAUCAAUGAUGCCUAAUUUGUCGAACAGUGGGAAUUAUAGUUGCAUGGCCACAAGAGACAAGACGUAUAAUACACAGCACAGUGAAAGAAGGUCCUUACGCGUGUCUGAAAUCCCUGUUCCAUCUUUGAAGCAGAUCACACCGUGGCUGGAUGUAUUCCCCACUGAAGGUGUGAAGUUGAGCUGUGGGAUGGACGGCUCCUCUGACUGGACAUACACAUGGUUCAGAGACGGACAGCUGGUCAAGAAAGAUGAAGUUCUGUCUUUUGGCUCCGAUGCAGCUACUCUCUCCAUCAGUUCUGCUUCAGCCUCUCAGCGUGGACAGUACAGCUGCUCGGCACAACUCAAGAGCCGCUCGGUCAGCAGCAACUCCAGCUCUGAGACAACACUGGAGGUUU